UAAAAAUAAAAUAUGAAAACAAAAAUAUUUUAAAAAGAAAAAAAGAGGAAAAAAAAAUAGAAAGAGAGAGAGAGAGAGAAGCAGAGGUUACAGCGCCUCCAUCGCUGCUCUUCUUCUUUAAUCUUCGUCUCUCUUCAUCGAUCGGAUUUUCGAAUCCCUAAUGUUUAUUUUUUUAAAAUCCUAAAUUUUGCGAUUUUUUGAGCCUCGAAUAGUUUAACUCUCACUCUUUGUCGUCACGGAUUUUGUUUGUUUUUUUAAUCAAAAUUUUGUUCUUUUUUUCAGUGAUUUUCUCCGUCGAUCAACUCGUCGAUAGAGAGAAAAAAGGGAAAUCGCCAUUUUUGUUUCAAUCGGGGUUUGCUAUGGCUGCAAAUACUAAUACUGCUAAUUUCAAUACCUCCGCUGCAGUGAUGCCUGGUAAUCUUUCUCCCGACAGCCGUAAUCAAUCAAAUCGUGCCAUGAAGACGGCUUCUUCCCCCUGGACUGAAAUGUUCCGUGGAGAAAACGACCGGAUCGCGGGUAUUUCAUUAACGCCUCCAUCCUCUUCGUCAUCGCCGCCCCCAACCGCCCUGACAGAGCCUCCUGUUGCGACGGAGGAUGAAGAAGAAGGCGUCGAGAGUGAGAGUGCUGGGCCUAAAGACAAUGCCGGUAAUAAGCCAGCUUGGAACAAACCUUCUAACGGCGAUGCUAAGGUUGGGGCGGUUAUGGGGACCAACAAGUGGCCUGCUUUGUCUGAGUCCGCUAAGGUUCCUUCCAAAUCAUCUUCAGAUUCACCUCGAGCUUUUUGGGAUGGAUCAUCUUCUUCUCCUUCCGAUGUUCCAGUUUCUCAGGGAAAUGGAAGUGUGUCAUCAUCAUCGACACAGAAAUCAGUCAGCAACAAUGCAAACACAAGCUUGAAUAUGACUCCAAACCAUAUCACUCCUACACGCCAGAAGUCGACGAAACGAAAUAGUAAUAUCUCAGCAUUUAAUGGUGGUCUCUCUCAGCCUCUGCCUGAAGGUCCUGUGGUUGAAUCACCUGUUAAUAGCCCCUCUUCUAGGGACUACGUACAGAGAAGUGGAUUUGUAUCACAGUCUCAUACUGGCGGUAAUGAUCACCCACACCCACGGAAUUCAUACAGGCAUCGUAAUGGUGGUCCACAUCCACGAGGAGAUGGUUCUCACCAACAGAAUUUUGGAGGCAGGCGCAAUCAAGAUCAUGGAAAUCAUGAGUGGAAUGGUCGAAACUUUAAUAACAGAGAUGGCUACAUGCAGCCAAGGGCUGCUCCUAGGGUAAUGAGGCAUCCACCUCCACCUCCUAUGCCUAAUACUAUACCUUUUAUAGCUCAUACUCCUAUGAGGCCUUUUGGCACCCCAAUGGGGUAUCCUGAUAUGGCAUCCCUUUAUAUGGUCCCAGCAGCACCUCCAGAUUCACUUAGAGGUUUGUCAUUUGUUGCACCAAUGCCCCCAGUGUUUUUCCCAGCUCCGGAGCCUCAUGACAAUCAGUUGCAUGCUAGUAUAGUUAAUCAGAUAGAUUAUUAUUUCAGUAAUGAAAACCUAAUUAAAGAUACCUACUUGAGGCAGAACAUGGAUGAGCAGGGCUGGGUUCCUAUUAAAUUAAUAGCUGGCUUCAAAAAGGUUGCACUAUUGACAGAUAAUAUUCAGCUAAUAACAGAUGCUCUGCAAAGUUCAACAGUUGUUGAAGUGCAGGGUGAUAAGGUAAGGAAGAGGAAUGAUUGGAUGCGGUGGAUAAUGCCACCUUCUGUUCAAUUCCCUAUCAUAUCUGGUCAAGAAACGCUGGCGGCUCGUGUUCAGAAUAUUUCACUGGAACAGAGAAAUACAAACCAGAGUGGUGCAAGGAGCCAAGAAGAUUCCAAUGCUGGUGGACUAUCAGAUAGACCAUCAUUUGUGCACUUCGUUAAUCAACCACAGCUAUUCAACAGCGGGGGUGCUCAAGGUGGUCUAGCAAAUAAUUCAAAUUAAGCAAAAAUGUUCCGAUGCUAGAGGUCCUGGAAGAAUAUAGUAGAGAAUGAUUUCGACACCAUGGGGUCAUCAUUAUGCCUUUGCUGCCUUGUUGCGGUGAAAUGCAAUUUCUCGUACAGCAAAUUAGAGAAAAACCUUUACAAGAAGAAAAGGGAAACACCUUUUGGAAAAGGGGGGGAAAGAGUGAACCGACAGACUUGAGGUAGUAGCACGAACUUAUCGUGACUUAUCAAAAUGUUUUCUUUUGGUUUCUCUGAGGAUGCUGGAUUUUUUUCCCUUUACUAUUUGGUGUUGGUGUUUAAAUCCUGGGGAUUUCUUUUUUAUUUU